AUGGAGCGCCCCGUCCCCGGGGGGCUGCGGGGGGAGAAGGAAGAGGAGGAGGAGGAGGAGAGGGUGCUGGUGUCGGAGCACAGCUGGAGACCCUGCCCCACUGCCAGGAGAAGGGUCCGAGGGUGCUUGGAGUGGGUGAGGCGGCAGCUGUUCCGCGUCGGGGAGGAUUGGUACUUCCUCUUCAUCCUGGGCGUGCUCAUGGCCACCAUCAGCUUCACCAUGGACAUCAUCACCACCAGGAUCCACGCGGCCCACACGUGGCUGUACCGAGAGAUCGGGGACAUCGGGGUGCUCAAGUACCUCUCGUGGACUCUGUUCCCCACGGCACUGGCCGCGUUCUCCACCGGCUUCUCCCAGAGCAUCACCCCGCACUCCGGAGGCUCCGGCAUCCCGGAGCUGAAGACCAUCCUGAUGGGCGUGGUGCUGGAGGACUACCUGGCCAUCCAGAACUUCGGAGCCAAGGUGGUGGGGCUGACCUGCACCCUGACGUGCGGCAGCACCGUUUUCCUUGGGAAAGUGGGUCCCUAUGUCCACCUCUCUGCCAUGGCCGCAGCUUAUCUGGGGAAGAUGAGGACCACGGUCACGAGGGAAUAUGAGAACAAGUUCAAGCAGCACGAGAUGCUGGUGGCAGCUCAAGCCGUCGGGGUGGCCACAGUCUUUGGAGCACCCAUCAGCGGGGUGCUUUUCAGCAUCGAGGUGAUGUCCCCCCACUUUGCCGUGCGGGAUUACUGGCGCGGCUUCUUCGCCGCCAGCUGCGGCGCCUUCAUGUUUCGGCUCCUGGCCGUGUUCAACAGCGAGCAAGAAACCAUUGCCGCUGUUUUUAAGAGUGACCUCAAGAUUGAUUUUCCCUUCGACCUCCUGGAGACCUUCUUUUUUCUGAUUUUGGGGACCAUCUGUGGGAUCGUGGCCUGUGCUUAUCUCUUCUGCCAGCGCUGGAUGAUGGUGGCCAUCAAGAGGAACUGGUUGACGGCCAAGCUCUUGGCCACCGACAAACCCGUGUACACGGUGCUGGUGGUGCUGCUCCUCGCCUCCAUCACCUUCCCGCCCGGGCUGGGGCAGUUCAUGGCCUCCAGGCUCACCAUGAAGGAACAUCUCAUCUCCCUCUUUGACAACCGCACGUGGGGCUUGCUGGCCGCCAACGCCUCGGGGGUGGCCAAGCCUGGGGGCCUCUGGCAGGAGUGGGACCAUCCCUCUGCCACCAUCUACGGCACCUUGGCCUUCUUCCUGCUCAUGAAGUUCUGGAUGCUGAUCCUGGCCACCACCCUGCCCCUGCCAGCUGGGUACUUCAUGCCCAUCUUCAUCUAUGGAGCAGCCAUCGGGCGCCUCACAGGAGAGGUGGUGGCCCUGCUCUUCCCACAGGGGCUCCAUUCAGAUGGACCCCCACGGCCCAUUCUUCCCGCUGGCUACGCCCUGGCUGGCGCUGCGGCAUUCGCGGGCUCGGUGACCCACGCGGUGUCCACGGCCCUGCUGGUGUGUGAGGCCACCGGGCACCUGGGCCACCUCCUGCCCACCGUGCUGGCCGUGCUGGUGGCCAACGCCAUCAGCCAGAAGAACCAACCGUCCUUCUACGACGCCGGCAUCAUCGUCAAGAAGCUGCCCUACCUGCCCCCCAUCCGCAGCCGGCACAUCGCCUCCUACAGAGUGACGGUGGAGGAGUUCAUGGAGCGCCAGGUGGUGGCCUUGGCCAAGGGGGACGGUUUCCAGGAGGUGCUGGUAGCCUUGGACGCCUCUGCCGAUGCCGAGUACCCCGUGGUGGAGAGCACAGGGUCCCCCACCCUGGUGGGCACCGUCAGCAGGUCCCAGCUGGUCACCUUCCUCCAGAGCCACGAGCACCCUCAGCUGCGCAGAGCCAUCGAGGACCUCGCCAACCCCAAGUGA